AUGGUCGAGUCCUUUGACAUUCAGAACCUCCUCCAGACGGGGUACUUUACAACAUCCCGGGCCAAGAGCCCAAAGCCGCAAUCAUCCUCGCAGUUCGAAGCUAGUUCCUACUCCAAACCUACGUCGUCUUAUUCCUCGUCCUAUCAGUCGUCCUACCAACAAUCCUCGCGGCCGUAUUCCUCUAACUCGUCGUCGCGUGCGCCAAGGGUCCGCCCGCCGCCACCUUUUGUUGAAGAUGAGGAAAACUCACUCAAGAGAGAGCAUGGGUCAUACUAUGUCAAGAACCCAGAGGACGAACCUCCGUCCCGGGGAGAAAUUGACCAGGCUCCAUUGAUCAUGGAAGUUCAUGAGUACAAUCCAGAGCGUCGUUUCGUCAUCUUGACAGGCUCGUCGAGUGGAUCCGAAGGCGGGGAGACAGAGCGGAAGACAGUGCCAGUGCAACCACGACAAGAGCGUGUUGAGAAACCAGCGCGUGUCGAGAGACCAGAGCGACCAGAACGACCAGAGCGAUCAGAGCGCAUUGAAAAGCCUGAACGGGCUGGGAGAUCUGAACGAGUUGAAAGACCAGAGCGAUCCGAGCGAGCUGAACGUCCAGAACGAGUCGAGAGGCCUGCACGAACUGAGAGGCCUGAGCGGGGCGAACGAGCGGAGCGGAUUGAACGAAACGAGCGACCUGAACGAAAUGAACGGGUUGAACGGGUUGAGCGAAACGAAAAACCGUCCAGCGAUACCCAUGCGGACACGAGGUCAAGUCGACGAUACGACACCAAUCUUAACACCGGUGCGCCAACAAGCAGAGAUCGCAGCAGGCCUCCAUUGGAGAAGCGCCGAAGUCGGCAGGACUUGCCCCGACUUGACACUGAAUUUAGGGACGACCAGCUGCCCGAAAAGUAUCGUAGUCGCCCAUCUGCUGCAGCAAGCAGCCGACCAGAUCAGCCUCCUGUGCGACCACCAAAGAUUCCAAUCGAUCCACCACUUCCACCUGAAGUCAUCAAGCAUAGCGCAGGCGGCCGUGAGAAGGCCUAUCAUAGUUAUGCACAGCCUCAGGGUUCCAGUCGCAGAUCGCCAACUCGACCAACUUAUUCUACCAAUCUGCCGGAUGACCGACGAUACGAUGGAACUCAUACCCGCACCUCCUCAACUGCAUCCACCUCCAAACGCUCAAACGUUGAACCUGAGAAGCCAACUCGACCACUUUCGAAAGAUAGGGUUAAUGAAACUCCUUACCGCAGCGAGUACGUACCACCUAGGACCGCCAAAAAGGAGAGGUCGCCCUCGUAUGGGCGAGCAGACCGAGAGGACCUUAGCCGGGCUUCGACAUACCCCUCUCGAGAGACAGCAACUCGCCGAGAUGACCGUCGAGACGACAGACGCGAUGACCGACGUGACGAACGCCGAGACGAGCGCAGGGAUGAGCGCCGUGAUGAGCGUCGUGACGAUCGUCGUGACGGCCGUGACAGCCGCGAUAGUCGCGAUGACCGUGGGGAUGAUAACCGCUCUGGUGAUGAGCAUCCGAAGGGACCACGAGAACUCCACGCACGGCGGAAAAAGUCUGUCGUGCUUCAGGACGAACGCGACUCACAGUCCAAACUCGAAAAAGUCGACGCCCCUACUGGCCCCAGGUCUGGACCUCGAUUACCUAUGGUGCCUAUACCGAUUCCGAUUCCCUCUGGCUCCAGCUCGGCCCCUUCAGAUGACUUGCCUCCAAACCCGCGGGCUGCAGCAACUUUCCCAACUGCUGGAGACUUAGUCGCGAGAGAUUCGAUCACAAGAGACCCUAUCCCCAGAGACUCAAUUGCCAGAGAUCCCAUCACUAGAGAGCCUAUCGCUAGAGAUCCUAUCACUAGGGAACCCAUAGCCAUCCCCAGAGAGCCGAUUGUCAGAAGCGAGCAUGCCCUCCCCGAGAGACCCAAGAACGAACUUCCCUAUCCCGUGGACGACGACCCAUUUGAUCCUCUUGAUCCCCGGGGAAGCAUUGAACGAUUCAGCAGGCCACGAUCUCGCUACGAGGUAGACCCAAUCGUCUCUAUGCCUGAGAUCCCGAUACCCGUUCCUAUCGGUGGCCCUGAAACACCCCUUGAGAUGAGACCUGCAUCAGCCAUACCGUCAAGUGUACGCCCUCCUCUCUCGUCGCAGCCAUGGCAACCACCGGCUUUCGAUCCUAAUCGAGACGGUGUUUACCUAGAGAAGCCCGUUGGUGCCGUACGGCGACACUCGGAGCAUACAGAAGCGACCGGUGGCACCACGUUCCCGGAGUGCCGACGCAAACAUCCUGUAGCAGGCAUGGUGGACUGGCUCACUUUGCCACGGACGGACUUCAAUAUCUGCCCGGACUGUUACGGUGCCGUCUUUUCGAAAACCGAGUACCGAAACCCCUUCCAACCCAUGCUUCGCCCGACAGACAGGCCUAUCGCCUGUGACUUUGGCGUUGGCCCUUGGUAUCGCAUAGCUUGGCUUCUCACUCUGAAGAACAACUUGCCAGACUUGCGGUUGUUCCAUGAUGUUGCCAGCGUCAUCUCCGAUACUAAAAACAUUCCAUGCCCCGGUGAUAGGACAACUACUCGCAAUUGGCUGACGCUUUACAAUCCGUACACGCGACAGCUUGUCUACGAUUUCACCGUUUGCCCCCAAUGCGCCAGGAUCAUACAGGCUUUGCUUCCUAACCUUACUGGCAUCUUUAUUCCCCUUGAUUCCCGUUCAGAGCCGACAAGGGGCGUUUGCGCAAUGCGAUUCAAGCCGAAGCGGAAACGGUUCGUCAUGUAUUUCGACGCCAUGGAGACCACCUCGGAUCAAGCCCGUCUGGAACACGAGGAGCCAGAUGUCAAGAGUCUUGCUCAAGAGGUGGAAAGAAUGGCUGCCGUCAGUGAAUGCCAGGAGGAUACACCCAUCCACAACGGGUACUGGCAUACCAUGCAGUUCCUCCGUCAGUUCUCUGUCUGCGGCGAGUGUUUUGAUGAGGUCGUCCGUCCAUUGAUCAACGACGACAACGUGAUUGCUCGCAACUUCUAUAUGAACCCUCAGAGGUUACCAGUGGCAACAUGCCAACUUUACUCUCCCAGAAUGAGGGAGAUCUUCCAAAAGGCUUGUCGUUGGAAUGACCCCAAGUACCUAGAAAACAAGGUCAUCGAGCGGAUGGAUAUUGAGGCUAGGAUUCACGACAAGUUGGCCAAAUUGGACAGGUCAGGAAACGAUGAAGAGUGGGUGGAUGAACAGGUGGACAAGUUGAUUCAGGAGUGGAAGAGAUGGGAGUGA